GUUUAACCAGGAUCAGAUCUAUCCCGACACACAACGGCCGUUUGUUGGACUCUCCAUCAGCAUCCCACGGCUAGCCGCGGUUCUCUCCGUCUAUGGCCAAUCUGACUACAAAUAUGUCGGGACAAACAACAGAUACUGAAAAAAACCAAGAAGGAGCAGGCAAACCCAACUGGGACUAUAUUGCUUUUGUGCUGGUGCCAGCUUUUUUCCUUCUGGGCCUCAUCGGGGUGGUGAUCUGCCACGUGUUGAAGAAGAGAGGCUACAGGUGCACCACAGCCCAGGACGGUGAGGAAGAGGAGUGUAAGGAGGAGCUGGAUUCAGAGCUGGGUGGAGACAUGAAUGACACCUUCAGUGACACCGAUACAGUUGGACACAUUGUCCGCUUCAUCAUGAAAAAUGAAGCGAACUCUGAUGCCCUCAGAGCCAUGGUUCAUGACACCAGCAUUGACUCAGAAGGGCCUCCGCUCACCCCCACCUCCAUUGGACCUUCCUCCCCACCGAUGACCCCUAUUUCACCGGGGGCCCCCGCAGGAGCAGCCAAGCACACCUGCAGCCACCUGCACACCAUCGGCGCCCCGGGCAGCCACUCGAACACCUGCACUCGCUGCAGCCAGAAAAAAUGGCCGCUGAUGAGGAAUCUGCCGGCCCGUAAAACCGAGCAGCGCCGCAGUCACCUCGGAGAGGUCACAGUCCUGGCUGUAGGCAGGUUCCGUGUGACAAAGUGUGAAAAGCCAGCGAGGGAUCGGAAGACUCUUCUAGUGAUGGGCUCCAACGGGAGCAUUCCUUCAACGCCCACUGGAGUGGCGGCCCACAGCCGAACGACGUCAGAGACCCAGCAGGAGCAGACAGAGAACUCCAACAAAGAGAAUCGAUAAAAUCCAGCUUUCCAAAUGGAGAGCUGGAGCAGCAUCUGGACCCUUAAAAAAAACAAAAAAAACC